UCAGACAGGCCGGCAGGGUGUAGGUUUUGGUUCUGUAGUCACUUUUCGGUAAAUCAGCCGGACCCUGAGGUGCCAGCUCUGUCGCCUUGUUCAGAGAAGCCGCAGCGGGAUGAUUAGUUUUAUAAAGCGGGGACUAGACAAAUGAAUGAAACGCACCCCCUGCCCUUCUUAAAUCAAGGUGUUCAGAAGGAUGGAGUAUAUGACGGAGUCCACCAACCACAGCCCUGGACACAUCUUGUGCUGUGAGUGUGGUGUCCCGAUUAGUCCAAAUCCUGCCAAUGUUUGUGUCGCCUGUCUGCGAAGUAAAGUUGACAUCAGCCAAGGCAUUCCAAAACAAGUGUCCAUUUCUUUCUGCAAGCAGUGUCAAAGAUAUUUUCAGCCACCAGGAAUGUGGGUACAGUGUGCUUUAGAAUCCAGGGAACUUCUUGCUUUGUGUUUGAAAAAAAUCAAAGCCCCCCUGAGUAAGGUACGGCUUGUAGAUGCAGGCUUUGUUUGGACUGAGCCCCAUUCUAAGAGACUGAAAGUUAAAUUGACUGUUCAGAAGGAGGUGAUGAAUGGUGCUAUCCUUCAGCAGGUGUUUGUGGUAGAUUAUGUUGUUCAGUCUCAGAUGUGUGGAGAUUGCCACAGAGUAGAAGCUAAGGAUUUCUGGAAGGCUGUGGUUCAAGUCAGACAAAAGACUUUGCACAAAAAAACAUUCUACUAUCUGGAGCAGUUGAUUCUGAAGUAUGGAGUGCAUCAGAAUACACUUCGUAUCAAGGAGAUUCAUGAUGGUCUGGAUUUCUAUUAUUCCUCAAAACAGCAUGCUCAGAAGAUGGUAGAAUUUCUUCAGUGUACAGUUCCUUGUAGAUGUAAAGCAUCACAAAGGCUGAUCUCUCAGGAUAUCCAUAGUAACACAUACAAUUACAAAAGUACUUUUUCUGUGGAAAUCGUUCCAAUAUGCAAGGAUAAUGUUGUUUGUCUGUCUCCAAAACUUGCACAAAGCUUGGGAAAUAUGAGCCAGAUAUGUGUGUGUAUUCGGGUAACCAGUGCCAUCCACCUCAUUGAUCCAAACACCCUGCAAGUUGCUGAUGUUGAUGGGAGCACAUUCUGGAGUCAUCCUUUCAAUAGUUUAUGCCAUCCCAAACAGCUAGAAGAGUUUAUCGUGAUGGAAUGCAGUGUAGUUCGAGAUCUCAAACGCAGUGCAGGUGCUGGGGUCAUAUCAAAAAAGCAUACCCUUGGGGAAGUCUGGGUACAGAAAACAUCUGAAAUGAAUACAGAUAAACAGUAUUUUUGUCGCACUCAUUUGGGACAUCUUCUAAAUCCUGGAGACCUGGUGUUGGGGUUUGAUUUGGCUAACUGUAACUUGAAUGAUGAGCAUGUCAACAAAAUGAAGUCAGAUAAAGUUCCAGAUGUGGUAUUAAUCAAGAAGAGCUAUGACCGUACUAAACGUCAGCGUCGUAGAAACUGGAAAUUGAAAGAGCUUGCAAGAGAUAGGGAAAAUAUGGAUACAGAUGAUGAAAGGCAAUACCAAGAUUUUCUUGAAGAUCUUGAAGAAGAUGAGGCAAUUAGGAAAAAUGUCAACAUUUACAGAGAUUCAACUAUCCCUGUAGAAAGUGACACAGAUGAUGAAGGAGCACCUCGAAUUAGUCUGGCUGAGAUGCUUGAAGACCUUCAUAUUUCCCAGGAUGCCACUGGUGCAGAAGGUGCAGCUAUGAUGGCAUAAUGAGAUCAUGUUGUAGACUUUGCACAUCCAUCGGUGUGGGAAGUUGGACACAGUAACUUUUGCUGUAUAUUUCAUGUAUGCCUUCAUAUGUUAAGAGGAAAAAUUUAUUUUUAAGCCUUAAUAAAUAUGACUAUUUUGAUUGCUUAAAGCUCUAAAGGGUUUGAUAGUUUUGGAAAUUUAGAUAAUAGAAAACUAGAUUUCAUAAUUGCCAAUGUUUAGGCUAUUUUGUGUGUGUAGUUUUCUCUCUUUGCUUUUAUUUAAGGCCCAUAGUAUUUGUUUCACAUACCUAAUGCUUAAUGCUGGAAUUUAAAGCUCAAAAGUUGAGAUUCAUUAUAUAUUAAUUCUGAAUAUUAGCUAAAUAUUGAAACAUCAAAAUAAUCUUUAUAUUCUUUUUAUAUUGAUUGCUUUAUAGA